AUGGCUGGAACAAACGUUUCUUCUAACCGGAGCAGGAGUGCAUUGAAACCGGCUGAGCGCAUCGAUUUCACUCGUAGCGUUCAAUGCCUAAUGAACCUGCCGCCAAAGACACCAAUAGAGGUUGCCCCUGGUGUCACAUCCCGAUAUGAUGACUUCACUGCAACCCACAUCAACAACACCCUACUCAUCCACGUGAACGGGCCUUUCCUCGCCUGGCACCGCCACUUCUUGUACCUCUUCCAAAAAGCCCUGACGGAUGAGUGCGGCUUCAAAGGCACUCUGCCUUACUGGAACUGGCCAUGGUGGUCCGACGAUCUCCUCUCGAGCCCUCUCUUCGACGGCAGCGCAACCAGUCUCGGAGGUGACGGCUACUACAACGCCAGCAUGCCACCCUUCAGCAACGGCAACUACACGUUCCCCCGCGGUCACGGCGGCGGCUGCAUCAAGGAAGGCCCCUUCGCGAACAUCACAACGGGCUUCCGCAAUUUCAAAAACGAAGAGAUACUCGCUGGCACCCUGCCCCCCGAUGCUCUGGACUACGCUCCGCACUGCGUGACUCGCGACCUUAACAGCGUGAUCUCUAGUCCCAGCCACCAGCCUGAGGUUGUGCACGAACUCCUCGUCGCGGAUAGCAUUCGUGCGUUCCAGAGUGUCAUGGACGGCACGGUGCGGAACACAAGUCAUCUCUCACCGCACAGCGCGGGCCACUGGUCCGUAGGCACGGGUAUGCAGGACCAGUAUGCGUCGCCGUCGGAUCCGGUGUUCUAUCUGCACCACAGCAUGAUCGACAAUAUGUGGGCGCAAUGGCAGCUUCGGGAUCGCGAGACGCGAACGUUCGCGCUGGAUGGGACGGUGACGACCUUGAACAAUCCGCCGAGUCAGAAUGCGACGUUGGAUUGGGUUGUGGAUUUUGGGUGGCUGGAUACGCCGAAGAGGCUGGGAGAGAUUAUGGAUAGUCAAAGUGGGCUAUACUGCUAUCGGUAUGAGUAUAAGGAGGCUUCCGAGAAGCCAUGUUGA